UGUCAGUAUGUGGGCGGGGUCUGAGCCUUGCCAGGCGUUCACACAGGAAAUACAGGCGAUAGGAUGUCCCACCUGUCAGCUUUAGGAGGAAGUGACGUAGUGGCGGUUGACCCGGAGGCGGAAGUCGCUCAGAGAACCCGGAAGCGGACCGGCUGCUGCUGUCUUCGUUGCAGCAUUUUGUGGUUGUCGGUGUCUCUGGUUGCCAAGGGAACCGGGGAUUUAAGGUAUGUACCCGGCAUGGUGAGAGGCGGGUGGCCGAGCAGGUCUGACAUCACCCUGAGCGGGGACCGGGGGGCGCCCCUCCAUCACACAGCCUGGAGCCCAUCACACAGCCCGGGGAGGGAGCAUCCAUCACACAGCCCGGGAGCAUCCAUCACACAGCCCGAGCAUCCAUCACACAGCCCGGGGAGCAUCCAUCACACAGCCCGGAGAUCCAUCACACAGCCCGGCACCCAUCACACAGCCCAGCAUCCAUCACAGCCUGGAGACCAUCACACAGCCUGGAGAUCCAUCACACAGCCUGGGAGCAUCCAUCACACAGCCUGAGCAUCCACACAGCCCGGGAGCAUCCAUCACACAGCCCGGGGCGGCUCUCCAUCACACAGCCACCCGGGCGGGCCUCCAUCACACAGCCCGGCUUCCAUCACACAGCCUGGAGACCAUCACACAGCCUGGGAGCAUCCAUCACACAGCCCGGGAGCAUCCAUCACACAGCCUGAGCAUCACACAGCCCGCGGUCAUCACACAGCCCGGCGGCCUCCAUCACACAGCGCCCGGGCGGCCUCCAUCACACAGCCCGGGGCGGCCUCCAUCAUUGCGCCCAUGGGCUCCAUCACACAGCCCGGGGGCGGGGCCCAUCACACAGCCUGGAGCUUCCAUCACACAGCCUGGGAGCCUCCAUCACACAGCCCGGGAGCCCAUCACACAGCCCGGGCCUCCAUCACACAGCCCGGGAGCCCAUCACACAGCCGGGGGCGGCCUCCAUCACACAGCCUCCGGGGCGUCCAUCACACAGACCGGCGCUCAGAGAGGCUGGGACCCGGGGGGCGUCCACCACACAGACCGGCGGUCAGAGAGGCUGGGACCCGGGGGGCGUCCACCACACAGACCGGCGGUCAGAGAGGCUGGGACCCGGGGGGCGUCCAUCACACAGACCGGCGGUCAGAGAGGCUGGGACCCGGGGGGCGUCCAUCACACAGACCGGCGCUCAGAGAGGCUGGGACCCGGGGGGCCUCCAUCACACAGACCGGAGGUCAGAGAGGCUGGGACCCGGGGGGCGUCCAUCACACAGACCGGCGGUCAGAGAGGCUGGGACCCGGGGGGCCUCCAUCACACAGACCGGAGGUCAGAGAGGCUGGGACCCGGGGGGCGUCCAUCACACAGACCGGCGGUCAGAGAGGCUGGGACCCGGGGGGCGUCCAUCACACAGACCGGCGGUCAGAGAGGCUGGGAACCGGGGAGCCUCCAUCACACAGCUGGGACCCGGGGAGCCUCCAUCACACAGACCGGCGGUCAGAGAGGCUGGGACCCGGGGAGCCUCCAUCACACAGCUGGGACCCGGGGAGCCUCCAUCACACAGACCGGCGGUCUGGGGGAGGGGGUCAUGGAGAUCAGUGACAACUGGAGAGCCCAUGCCAGGCCAACACUGGGAUAGUCAUGUAAAUAUUAUAAUAAUGAAUAAUUAUCUACCAUGGGAUACUAUGGGCUGGGAUCAUGGAGAUCAGUCACAGCUGGAGAACCCCAGCCAGGCCAACACUGGAAUAACCAUGUAAAUAUUAUAAUAAUGGGUAAUUAUAUACCAUGGGAUACUGUGGGGGGGAUCAUUGUGAUAUGUGACAGCUGGAGAGUCCCAGCUAGGCCAACACUGGGAUAGUCAUGUAAAUAUUAUAAUAAUGGGUAAUUAUCUACCAUGGGAUACUGUAGGCUGGGAUCAUGGAGAUCAGUGGCAGCUGGAGAGCCCCAGCCAGGCCAACACUGGGAUAGUCAUGUAAAUAUUAUAAUAAUGAAUAAUUAUCUACCAUGGGAUACUAUGGAGUGGGAAAAGAAAGAGAACCCACAUACUGAACAUAUUUUGUACAAGGAAAAGGUGCAAAUACAUACCAUACAUUGCCAUCAUUGAAUACAGCCGUCUACACCUGUGCCCUGGUGGUAUUUAUGUGACUGAAUUAUGGUGCUGUGGUGGGUUUGACUAGGAUUGGCGUAUUCGCCAUGUUUAUCAGGGCACAAAUUGACAGGGAAUAAAAAUAUAUGCAGUGUGAAGAAUUCAGAUGCUACAAUUUGGAUAUAAGUAAUGAAUUCUUCUUCUUCAUUAAUGAUUUUUGCCACGUGUGAAGAUAUAGUACAGAUAGUUAUCAAAGGAAGCAAUUUUUACCCAGAUUUUGCAGUUAGGUUCUCUGUUCUUUUAUUUUGUAGUCAUUCAGGACACAUGAAACAUUUAGAAAUAUAGAAACAUAUUAAAUAUUUUGGAUAUCCAGUAAGACAAAACAAAAUAUAGGUUGCAAUUAGUUUUCUAUAAAGUGGAUCUAUUUAAGUUUAGUAUGACCGGCACAUGUUAAAGGAGAGCUGUCACUUCUAGGGAAAUUCUACCCCUGUGAUGAUGUUUCAUUGAAAUAUAUAUAUAUAAUAAAUAUUUUGAAGAAGUGACCCCGAAAUCCAGUUCAGUCCAGGUAAGACCAGGACGCACAGUGAAUAUGAGGAGAACAGAAACUGUGCUUCUUGUGCUUUUCUUACCCUAAGUAUGAUCAUAAAAGGGCGACAUCUAUAAAAAUGAUUUGCAUUGGUCAAGAUCAAGUUGCCUCGUUCCAGAAAAGAGAGAAAUACAUUAGUGGAUACCUACAUUUUUAUUAGAUUUUUAACCAACAGAAAUUCCCUAUAUAUUUGUUAUAAUUAAAGAUAAUAUUAAAAAGCCUAGAAAGUUGGUGACUGGAUUAUGGCUUCCCUCGACUACACUGGGGCUAACACAAUAGUUUCCCUAUUCUAAUCCAAGUUCAUCUCUUGCUCAGGCCUGUUAGAGAGGAAUAGGCUGUAUCUUACCAUGUUUAAGGAGCUUACUCCUGUAUUUCAUACAGGCCCUGCGACUGCAUACAAAUAGAGUGCUUUUCUAGCAUUUAUAUCUAUUUCUUACCUUGGUUCGCUCGUGUGGUCUAUGUGUGAUUGUGUAAAGUUCUACUGCUUUACGUUUAUUUUUUUUAUUCUUCAAACAUUCUCUUACAUCUCAAGUUUUUAUGCAUGUGUGUCCUUAUGUCUAUGAAAAUGUGUUACACUAUUCUGAUUUAUCUCUUGUGAUAUGAGAAAUAAAAAAACAAAAACAAACAAAGCCUUGGAAUGUAACAUCAGUAUGCAAAAGGUGUUUUUUAUUUUAUAUAUAUCUAUCUCAUCAUUUAUAUAGUGCCAAAAUGUUCCUUAAUAUUUUAUAAUGAUGCAGUGGUGAUACACAGCAUCAAAAAAUGGACAGACAAAAAAAAUUGUAAAGUAAAAAGUUGACAGACACAAGCCCUGCUCAAACUAGUUUACAAUGUAUAUACAAGCAUGUAGAUAUAGAAUUACUCAGGAGGGGUUACGUAAGUGGCUUACACACUUAUCUGCAAUAUUUUCUUUCUGUUUGUAGAUUCUCUUUCAGGGGGAGGUAAUUAUACACAUGCACUUAUGGUUGCUGAGGCCAAACUGAAAUUUAUGAAAAGAAAAACAAAUCUGUAACCAGAGUUUGCGAUAAAUUGAUUCACAAAAAGUUAACAUUAAAGGGACACUAUAGUCACCCAGACCACUUCAGCUAAAUGAACCAGUCUGGAUGCCAGGUCCCUCAGGUUUAAACCCUUCAGAUGUAAACAUAGCAGUUCCAGAGAAACUGUUAUGUUCACAUUGCAGGGUUAAUCCAGCCUGUAGUGACUGUCUUCCUGACAGCCACUACAGGCGCUUCUGCGAUGCUGGAUGCGAAAAUCGCAUCCAGCACGCAGAACGUCCAUAGGAAAGAAUUGAGAAAUGCUUUCCUAUGGACUGUUUGAAUGCGCGUGCGGCACGAAGGAGCCCGGCGUUGUAUUAAAGUAAGUAACUGAAGAGGUUUUAACCCAUUCAGCGCCAAAGGGGGGGGGGGAAUCCUAAGGAUGCUAUAGUGUAAGGAAAACAAGUUUGUUUUCCUGACAUUAUAUAGUGAUCCUUUAAAGGGACACUAUAGGCAUUAAACCAACUUUAGCUUAAUGAUGCAGUUUUGGUGUAUAGAUCAUGCCCCUGCAGUCUUGCUUCCUAACUCUCUAUUUGUUUAUGCAGCAACUCUGAAUUUGGCUCAGACAGUCUUCCUAAAAACUUCUAGUAAUAUAAAAGGUCAAGGCAACUGAAUGAGUAAUAGAUUUUUCAAAUAAAAACUGUAGCAAAUUACUGUUCAUAAACAUGUGUUGUAAAAGUUAACUGCCACAGCUGUUUGCAAAAUAACAGUUUGCUGUGCUCAUGGUGGUGUACUUAUUCUGUCUUUGAAUGUAUGGAAAUAACCCUGUUAUCUUCUGGUCUUACAAAUAAUGUUCCAGGGUGCAAUAUGGCAGCCAAUGAGAAAAUGGAGGUGACCGUGAAAACUCUGGAUUCACAGAGCCGAACAUUCACAGUGGAAGAAGAGGUACGGAUGGGUUGUGUUUGCAUGUCGCGGUGAAUGUAUGCACUGUGUGACACUGUUACCUAGUAAUGUUGGACACAUGGGUACUUUAUUUUCAUACAAACCCAAAUUAUGUAUGUGACAUUAACGUUACAAGCUUUUGUUUGAUUGGAACGUUGGCUCACUGUCCGGUUCAUUAAAGGGACGUAAUAGUCACCAGAACAACUAUAGCUUAAAGGGACUCUCCAGUGCCAGGAAAACAAACCCAUAUUCCUGGCACUGCAGGAUCCUGCAGUGCCCUCCUCCCUCCCACCCCCCAUCCCAUGUUGCUGAAGGGGUUAAAACACCUUCAGUGACUUGCCUGAAUCCAGCGCCGAUGUCCCUUGUCGAUGGGUCACGCUCCACCAAUGUUCCGACGUCAGCCGGUGGGGGAGACCUAAUGCACAUGCGCGGCAAUGGCCGCGUGCAUUAGACCUCCCCAUAGGAAAGCAUUAUUCAGUGCUUUCCUAUGGGGAUUUUGGCGAUGCUGGAGAUCUUCAUUUAUAACGUGAGGACAUCCAGCGUUGUUUAACCCCUUAAGGACACAUGACGUGUGACAUGUCAUGAUUCCCUUUUAUUCCAGAAGUUUGGUCCUUAAGGGGUUAAAACACUUUUCGUGUUCUAAGAAGCCAGAAGUCCCUCUAAGAGGAGGACUUAACAUUGCAAGGUAAUUAUUGCAGUUUAUAAAAGCACUUGCAGGGUUAAGUGUAAUGGUAGUUGGCACCCAGACCACUCCAAUGGGCAGAAGUGGUCUGGAUGCCUGGAGUGUCCCUUUUAUUGAAGUUGUAUGCCUUUUAGGCAUUUUGAUGCAAACACUGCCUUUUCAGAGAAAAGGCAGUGUUUACAUUGCCCCUAGGGACACCUCCAAGUGGCCACUCAGAUGGCCAUUGGAGGUGUUUCUUGGGGCAAUACUGCACAGUGGGCAGCACUGCCGUUCAGCGUCUCCACCCUCUGAAUAGGGAUACUGAAUUUUCCUCAUAGAGAUGCAUUCAUUCAUCAGAGUUUAAUCUCUCUGCAGCCAGAGAUGUAAUGCCACCACUGGUUGUGUUAUUAGCCAGCUCGGAACCAGGAUUCCAAGCUGGAUAAUGUUAAUUCUGUUUUAUCGUAUGUCAUCAGCACACACAGCCAAUGCUAGCACACCCCUUGUCUUUAGUAUUUUACAUUUAUGCUGUGCUAUUGUGAACAGGGUCAGAGAUCAUUUCUAUAUUUUAUGUCCAUGUGUUUUAUAAUUGUAAAAAGAAUUGUGUUUUCUGAAAGUGAAGAAGAGUCUUUUUAAUUUAGAAUUUAUACAAUGUAGAAAUACUUGCUCUUUGUGGUGAGUUAAUAUUACUUUCAGACAGGAGUGUAGUGUAUAAAUGGUGGGUGGUUGUGUGUUUUGGGAAAUGCUGUUUUUUUUUUAUUUAAGGCAACAGGUUAGUAGAUGGUAUGGUGCAAUGUGUGGAAGGCUGUUAUUACUAUGUGGUUGUGGUGUAUCAAUGGUAUGCAGUAGUUGUGUGUUUUUGGGAAAUUAUUGCAGUGUAGUGUAUCAAUUUUAUGGUGUUGUUGAGGAAAGGCUACUAUUGCCAUUUGGUAGGUGUGUGUGUAUAUGUGCCUGAGCUCUAAUUGCCACAGAAUGGACUGUAAUAGAUGUUCUUCUUCUAGAUCACUGUAAGAGACUUUAAAGAUCACAUAUCCUCUGCGGUUGGAAUUCCCGCAGAGAAACAGCGGCUCAUAUAUCAGGGUCGAGUUUUACAGGAAGACAAGAAACUAAAAGAAUACAGUGAGUAUCGAGAUCUAAAGCACAUAUUCCGGAGUAUCUAUUGAGAUAUAUAAUAUUUUUUUUGCAGUUUAAUUUUUGAUCUUUAUGCUCCAUGUUUUAUUUGUCUUUUACCGAUCCGUCUCUUUCACUCCUGCAGAUGUAGCUGGGAAAGUGAUUCAUCUUGUAGAACGGGCCCCUCCUCAAACCCAGCCUGCUGCAGGUGGACCGGCUCCCUCUUCCAGUACCUCCACUGGCAGUACCACAGCAAGUGGCCCAGGAGCCACCGGUAGCGAGAGAAAUGGGAACAGCUAUGUGAUGGUGGGGACUUUUAACUUACCGGUGAGCGCAUGUUUCAUAUUCAAAGAGCCAUAAUCGUGACAAUUGGGGAACAAAAUACUCUCCGCUGUGUAAUAAAAUUAUAAAAUAUGGUGGUGUUUAUUCACUGAAGAACACAUUAUAAUGAAUUUAAAACAGUUACAAAAUUUUGAACAAAGUUUUUAAAAUAACUAGUUUUGAAAAAAAUCUCCAAAUUUACAUUCACAGCUUGACGAAUCUGCCCUGAAGUUUGAAUUUUUCUUUUCUUUUUUUUCACUAGACCCCCAUGUGUUUUUCGUAAAUAAACCCUUGCUCGCUAAUCUCUUUGAUCAGGAUGAGGAGUGCAGGCUGUUGUACUCGUUGAUACAUUCAGUGUUAUUCCCUAAACCGUAAACUGUAUGGAAUUGUGCUCAGUACCCUGUUAUAGAAAUCUCCCUUAGAAGAACAGUCUGUUUUUAUUUAUGAGAUAAUAAAAAUAUGAUUUAGAUUGGACAUUCUGUUUUGUGUCUUUACAGCAUGUAAUGUCAGGCCUUGGUGAGGCUACUAGAGGUGCUCGUGUGUCUUCAGUUGCUGGAGUAAGUAUGUUUGAUGCCAUUAUUUAAAGAGACAGGAAUACAAUUUGUCUUUUAUUUGGGUGUGUAGGUUUCAGGCUCAGUGUGAAGAUCGUCCAGGUAUGCAGUAUUUAGCUGAUUAGUUCAUUGUAUCCCCUGCCAAUAUGAGUUUGCAUGUGGUUUGACAGUUAGCAUUUGUUUUAGCUGUGCUGCCCUUUCCUUAUAAUUUAGUUAGGUUGAAUAGCGCUGAUCCUUAGUUUUAUUUUUUAUUUUCUCUUACCCUGGUGACUUCACCUUUUCCGUUCUCUGUCUAAGGUCCAGUUUUUCGGUUUAUUACCUAAUCUCACACUUUGCCUGUAAAUUAUACCUGUUGUGGGAUUACUGUUCAUCAAUCAUAUCAGAACUGGUACGAAUGAUGUGUUAGGGAUGCCCCCACAGUGACAAUACUGCUUCUUGAUCUCUGUGUUGUGUAUUAUGACUGAGGUCUUUACACGUGUGUUGUUUAUUUUAAUAUCUGAGUUGUAUAACUUUCAUCCUUUGGUGUUAUUUAUGCCUGAUGCACUGCAUUCAUUUGUAGAUACAUGUGCAUGCAGUUUCUGAGAUCCUUUCUCCUAUCCCACUCUCAUUGUAUGUUUAUUAAAAUUAUGGAAUAUUGCUCUGAUUUUUACUGUUUGCUGUGCCUUCCUUCUCUCUCUAUCUCCAUCCUACACCUCUGCUUUCAUUGUCUCCUUCUCCUCUUUCCUUCUUCCCAUAUUUUUCCUUGAUCUAUGCCUUUUUUUCUUAAUGCUGCCUGCUCCCAAAUGUUUCCUCACACCCGUUCUGUUUUACACCACUGACUUUUCUUCCAAACUCUUAUUUCUUUUCUGUUAUCCUUCUUGCCUUUCUCUCUCUCUCUCUCUCUCUCUCUCUCUCUCUCUCUCUCUCUCUCUCUCUCUCUACUCUUCUUCUCUUGCUCAGAAUGAUGGCUCCUCUCUCGAUGUCCACAUAAACCUGGAUCAACAGCUCCUGGGCCAGGUACAGGAACGCAAUAAGUCAGAUGUUAGGCUUGGAGAAACAGCAGAAAUAUCAAAUUUUGCCCCUUGUAUGAACAAGUGCUGUCAUCUCAUGUGCCCGCUGAUUCUGUCACCUGGCACACAGUUCCCUAUAUGAAUUAAGCCUAAAACGAGCACCUGUCUUUUGUCACUCACAUGCAUGUGUUUUACUGCAUGGUGCCAACCAUUGGUCAUUUGAAGCAUGCAUGCCAGCAAAUGUAAGUUUCUAACUAUGUGCUCCGAUUUCUUAAAUGCUCACAUACUUGGAGUAUUACAACAUAAGAAUUCUGGCUGUGUUUUAUGCACAGACUAAUAAUGGCUUCUGUUGGCAACGCAAAACAGGACAAUUUGUUUCAAAAAAUGUUUAAUUCCAAAUUAAUUUCCUCGAUCAAACAAGGUUUAUGGAGCGUUCUAAAGAACAUCCACUUAGUUUCAGCCUUAUAUUUGUGACCUGACUAAUAGGAGUAUUGGUUGUUGAUAAUAAAAUACUGUUUGUUAUGACCUGGGAAUGGCGAUUGCCAAAUCCAAUUAUCCAGAAACUCUAUUAAUCAGAAAUCUUGUUUGUUGAGCUAGUUGUGGGUUAUUUGGAAGGGUUUAAUUGUUAUCCCUGAAGCCCACCUGAUCAGGGCAAUCCUUGUAUAAAGGAGCUGGAAAUCUAACACACUUUUCUUGCUUUUUCCUCCUCCUUUUCUACCUUCUAUCUUCUUUCUUUCUCUCGCUCUCUCAUCUUUUUUUAUUUCCAAUCUACUUCAACCUUUCUGAUCACCUUCUCCAUCAUGCGCCACAAUUCAUUUGAUUUUUGUUUUAUCUCAUGGUGCUUCUUCUUUCUUUUGGUUACUCAUUCACAUUUUCUGAUUCAUCUUUCUUCUACUAAACUCGAACGUGGAUCCUUCUUUUUCCCGUUUGUCCAUUUACCUCUCCUCACUCUUGCACGUUUUUUUUUUUCUUUCUUUUUUUCCAUUCCAAUGUGCAUUUCACUUUUUCGGUCCAUCUGUCUUUGUCUCCUUUUCUUGCUAACUUUCCCUCUAUCUCCUCUCCUUUCUACAUCCCUUUCGCCUUUCUCUCUCUCUCUCUCUGUCUGUCUGUGCCCCUAUAUGCAGAGCGAGUCCCGUAUCCGUCUUUUUCUGGCUCAACAUAUGUUGCAAGACAUACAGAGGCUGUUGGAUCGUCUGGAGGUAAGAACAGGGAUUGUGCAUGUAACUGGAAGGUGGGGGUGGCUACCAAUACAUUCUCUGUAUGUACAUGUUAUGCUUGGUCUGUUGUUGUUGUGUGUUAAAUGUCAUGGUUGGGAGCAGGUGGAGUGGCAGUAUUAAAGGCUCACUCUGAUCACCAUAAUAACCAAGGAUUGAGAGACCGCUGCACACAGCCAGUUCAUAAACCUGUGAACCAGGAGGUGAAUAUGGUUUUGUCAGUUACGGUAGGGCAUCUGCUAGAUUAUUGAUUUCCACUAUUCAGAUGUGAUGAGUGGAACUGUGUCUUGGGGCUUAAGCACAUUUCCCAUAAAACCAUGAUAAAUGGGUGUUUGGAAUAUAAAUAAAAACCUGUAGGCAAUGAAAGGCUCCUAAUUGAUUGAGCCUCUGCUUGAUCUGAAAGCUUAGUUUUGUGCUUUAAUUGGGAACUUUAAUACUUCCCUUUUAAUAACAUUACUGAUUGUACGUGUAAUGGAUGGUGAUGUGGCAAUGGUAAUAUCCGCUGUCGUGUAAUGGGAGGAGGGGGUGGCAGUAAUAUCUGCUGUCGUGUAAUGGAUGGGGGUGUGGCAAUGGUAAUAUCCGCUGUCAUGUAAUGGGAGGAGGGGGUGGCAGUAAUAUCUGCUGUCGUGUAAUGGAUGGGGGUGUGGCAAUGGUAAUAUCUGUGCUGGUGUGUAAUGGAUAGGGUUGUGGCAAUGGUAAUAUCUGCCGUCGUGUAAUGAAUGGGGGAGUGGCAAUGGUAAUAUCUGUGCUGGAGUGUAAUCAAUGGGGAAGUGGCAAUGGUAAUAUCUUCUGUCGUGUAAUGAAUGGGGGAGUGGCAAUGUUAAUAUAUGCUGUUUUGUAAUGGAUAGGGUUGUGGCAAUGUUAAUAUCUGUGCUGUCGUUUAAUAGAUCUGGUGUGUCUGAUGUGCUAGGCACUAUUGCUGAUUAUAUUGUGUAUAUGCAUGUUUCCAGAAUAAACCUGCUUGUUUAAAGUAUCAAAGGGCUAGGCCUAAUAUACUAGAUGUGUUCAUUUCAGGGGAAUGCUAGUACAGAGCAGCCCGCUGAGCCCAUGGAUACAGCUGCUCCUGUAGGGGAGACCCCUGCUCCAAGCACUCCUAGUGCAGAGGGACAAACUGGUCAACCUGGUGCAACACCUCCCAGGUAAACCCAAAAUUGUCAGUUACUUACCUGUAUCUGUUUUACCAUCUGCCUUUACUCAGUGUUUUCUUCUCCUUGAGCCACCACUUAUGAUGAUUCUCACUUCCUCUGACAGUCACCCUUCCCCCUCGGAAUAUUCAGAGGUCCUUCAGUCUCUUUCUCGAGUAGAAGAACGUCUGGCCCCUUUCAUGCAGCGUUAUAGGGAAAUAAUCAGCAAUGCUACCUCUUCCACCUAUGAAAACGUGAGUUCACUUUUUAAAGGGACACUAUAGUCACCUGAACAACUUUAGCUUAAUUACGCAGUUUUGGUGUAUAGAACAUGCCCCUGCAGCCUCACUGCUCAAUCCUCUGCCAUUUAGGAGUUAAAUCCCUUUGUUUAUGAACCCUAGUCACACCUCCCUGCAUGUGACUUGCACAGCCUUCCAUAAACACUUCCUGUAAAGAGAGCCCUAUUUAGGCUUUCUUUAUUGCAGGUUCUGUUUAAUUAAGAUUUUCUUAUCCCCUGCUAUGUUAAUAGCUUGCUAGACCCUGCAAGAGCCUCCUGUAUGUGAUUAAAGUUCAAUUUAGAGAUUGAGAUACAAUUAUUUAAGGUAAAUUACAUCUGUUUGAAAGUGAAACCAGUUUUUUGUUUUUUUUCCAUGCAGGCUCUGUCAAUCAUAGCCAGGGGAGGUGUGGCUAGGGCUGCAUAAACAGAAACAAAGUACACUAAAACUGCUUUAUUUAGCUAAAGUAAUUUAGGUGACUAUAGUGUUCCUUUAAUUCUUUCCCCUUUUUCAAGGAGCUUACGUGUAUAUAUGUGUGUGUGUGUGUGUGUGUGUGUGUGUGUAUGUGUAUAUAUAUAUAUAUAUAUAUAUAUAUAUAUAUAUACAAAGUGUACUUAAAGAAGCUGUUUUUUUUACAUGUUUAUAGCAUAUGUGAAAUAUACUUUCUAAUGGGAUUAUGCAAUAAACCAGGACUUUUUCAGGUGACAUUAAAAUAAAAUGACACCAUUCAUGCCAAAACAGACAUAUAAUACACAUGUGUCUCGGGUAUCUGCUAAUGUAUUUCAAUUAAAAGUGUUUAAACAUGACAUGUCGAGCACCUAGUUCACUCUCCUGAAAAUGCAAGGUUUUAAAUUGAAAAUAAAAUCCUGCCUUCAUUUUCUAUUGAAUGCAGAAGUGUCUUGGGGGAUGCUAAUUCGGGGUCUCCAUCUUUGGUCCAUAUGACAUUUAUUUAUUUUAUAAUCAUUAAGACCUACUUUCUGUAGUCGGACCCCAAUGUUGCUGUGCAUUCAUAGGAAAUACGACUGCGGUCACUGCGCUGCACUCUAUAUAUGGUCAUAGAAAUUUUUUAAUUCAUCCAGCACCUUCUUUAGCAAACUGUUUUAGUUAAAGCCGGACUGUCUCUUCUCUAAAACGGACACUUUAGCAUUUCCUCACUUAUCCUUACUGAAGUGGCUACUGCCUCAGGCUCUACCUGCUUCUCUUCUGCCCCAGGCUGAUAGGACGUGGAGGAUGAAGAGGGGCUUCUGGUGAAAAAUGUAUUCAUGUUUCCGCAAUUCUACUAACUCAAUGUAUAGAUUACUUCAACCACUCUAUCAUGUUAACAAAAGUUGUCUGUCAUGACAGGUGCAGAGUAAAUUAUUUGUGAUUAAACAACAUCUAAAAGAAACCCUCUUAAAAAGUUAAUUUUUGCUAUUUUAUUGCCCACUAGGAGGACCGUGAACAAUCUCAGCGUGUUAUCAACCUUGUUGGGGAGUCCUUGCGUCUCCUAGGAAAUGCUCUGGUUGCUUUAUCUGACCUGCGCUGUAAUUUGUCAUCUGUCUCCCCCCGUCAUUUACAUGUGGUACGACCAAUGUCUCAUUAUACAGGGCCCAUGUUACUGCAGCAGGCAGCCAUACCCAUACAGGUAAAGGGGAGGCAUUCUUUUCUCUUUACUUGUGCCAUCUUCAGAAUUUCCUGUACAUUUAAGUUUUAAUUUCCUUCUGAACCUGUUUUGUUCUUAUUAGAUUAACGUUGGAACAACCGUCACAAUGACUGGGAAUGGUGCACACGCGGGUCAGACCUCUGCAGAAGGAACCUCCGUUCCUACUGCCCCACCGAGUGCCUCUGACCCAGCAAGAGUGUCAACUGAGAGUCAGCCACCUCCCACUGGGGAGCCAGCCCCUCCCCAAGCUCCUCCUGCCUCUGCCCCCCCACCACAACCCCGCGUGAUUCGUAUUACGCACCAGACCGUGGAGCCCGUAAUGAUGAUGCACAUGAACAUCCAAGGUAAAUGUUCGGCCUUCAUUGCAGCUUUACCACUGCUGACAUUUCUGCAUUACUGAGGCUUUGUUCUCUCUCUUACUUGAAGAUUCAGGAUCUGGUGGCCCUUCGAACAUUCCGCCUCCUACUGCAGGGCACGGUGAGACCCUAUAAUUCGUUCUUGGGACAAUAAGCCUACGCAAAAUCCUGUAUUAGCUGUGGUAGUAAAAGGGUUGGAGACCUCUCCUUUAUUUAGCAAUAGAGCCAAAUACCUGGGUGAUUGCCCUGUAAUAGGACAAAUGAAUGGUAAAGGUAACACGAUAGUUCUACAGUAAUACUAAUACCGGGUAGAGGGUCUGUAAUAUCCAUUAUAGAACCGAUACAGGGUCGUAGCAGGCCUAGGAGAUAUAGUGUGAGAGUCGUGUAAUGGGGAAGUAAUAACUACUGGCCAGAUUUAGGGUGUCCUAUAAUUAAGUCAUACUGAAAACAGGAUGGGGGAUUUUACAGUCUAAUGCAUAAGACAGCCUAUGGGGGUCUCUGUAAUUAGAGCAGUGAUUGGUACAGGGAAGAUAUAAGGUUCGGAGGCUCGGUAAUAAAGAAUUAAUUGGUGUAGGGAUUAAAUAAGGUUUGCAAAUUCAGUAACAGAAUUAAUUGGUAUAGGGAAGAAAUAAGGUUUGGAGGUUCAGUAAUAGAGAAUUAAUUGGUAUAGGGAUUCAAUAAGGUUUAGAGGUUCUGUAAUAGAGCAUUAAUUGAUAUAGGGAUUCAAUAAGGUUUGUGGAUUUGGAAAUAGAGGGAUUAUAUCAGGUUUGGGGUUCCUGCAGCAGGACAAUGAUGAGAACUGGUCACUUUUACAAUGAUUUCACACUGUUGAGAACCAAUGAUAGACUGCACUGACACUUCUCCAAUUCCUCUUCUGUCACAUAGGUGGUGGUACACACAUCCACAUGCCAGGGCUCCCCCCUGAGUUCAUGCAGGCAAUUUCACACCAGAUUACCCAGCAAGCUAUGGCUGCAGCUUCAGGUAAAUUGCAUUUCAUACAAGAGGGUCUUCUGGGCUGCUCAAGAAAGCAUUGCAUUGUACUAAACAAAUAUGAAAAUAAAGUCUGCACUCUUACUGUUCUUUUACCUGUUUUUAGGACAACAGAUUCCUGGCUUUCAGGCACAGCCCCCUCGCUUUGUAUUCACAAGGCCUGUAGCCCCCCUUCAUCCUCCACGUCCUGGUGUAACUGUUCCUCCUACAGGGACUGCUGGACCCACUCCAGGAGCAAUGGUGAGAAUCCACAAUAUUUUUUUUUAUCUGUUUAUUUUUUAAAAUUUUUCAAUGAAUUCAAUGCUCUCUAGAAUCUUUGCUCCUAUUAGGACAGGAGGGGUCCAUUUAAUUCUGUAACCCUAGUUAGUAUUUAAACCGGCUGCACUGUUGAGUCUUUGGUAACUGUUUCCGAUGUAGUUGUAUUUAUAAAAUAAAAAAUCACCCUCCAUCUGUGGCUAACACAUUUUCUCCCACAGCCUGGUCCAGCAGGUAAUGCCUCCUUGGCCCAGAUGAUCAGUGGCUUAGUUGGCCAACUUCUCAUGCAUCCAGUUGUUGUUGGUGAGUAUAUUGUAUGUUCUCGUUUUGUUUGUAUUUUCUCUUUAGUCUUUUCUUAAGUUUUUUUCUCCUCUUUAUUGUUUUCCCACUCUUUCUUGCAUUUUUCAUCUUUUUUUGUUCCGUGAAUGUAUUGGUCUAUCAUUCUGGGAUUCUUCCUUACUCUAUAACAAUCUUUUCUCAUGCUCUCCCCCUCCCCCUUUCUCCACAGCUCAGGGCAGCAGCACAACUUCCACCUCAACACCAACAACUACUACUACUUCAUCGUCUUCUUCAUCAUCAUCUUCUUCUUCCACUUCAUCUUCUUCUUUCUCAUCAACUUUCACUGCUCCCACCACCACAACUACCUCUUCAUUUCCCAGCACUCCCUCUGCUUCAACCGGUCCCUCUCCACAUCCUCCCCCUGGACCCGACCAGCAGUUUUCUCAGCUGUUUGGUUCCUUGCUGGGCACUGCUAGCUCUGGAAUGGCAAACAUCGCAAUGGGUUCUCCAAGUAUUACUGUGGCCGUUCCAGGAAUGCCAGCCUUUCUGCAGGGUGUUACAGACAUACUACAGGUAUGUAAACUCUAAAAAUCAAAUGGUGCUUUGUGUAACACACACAAGUAAUUAAGGUGCAGCUAGUCACCCUCGUGAAAUCAAUCACAAAAUUCCACCUUUAAAAACAUAAGAUAUACACAAUAAAAUGUGAACAGCGUACUUCCAAGUUCGGUUCUGGAAUUUAAAAUAUGUUAAAUGUUCUAACCAUGAGCUGGUCCUGUACUAUAGGGCUACUCAAGAGAGCUGACACAAGCUCCAUAGCAGGAGCUUCUGACACUCCAGGAGCAUUAGUGGCAGUGGGGCGCAGGAUCCCCAGUGAAGUCAAAGCAUUGUAAAAGGCAUGGGGGAGGGUUUAAUUAGUUUUGCAGCUAUAAUCGUGAAUCUCUUUUCACCUUUAGAAUAGUCCUUCUUUAGCUGUCCUUUUUUUUAAAUUCUUGUUUACACAUUUAAUUUCAUGUUUUUUAUUUUAAUGUAUUUUUGACAUACAUAGAUACAUGAGAUAUUGUAAGCUUGCAAGGUAUUCAUCAGUAAAGAAAGCAAUCUCCAGCAGAUAACCUACGUAUAAAUUUAAAUUAAAACUAAAAUAGUAUAAUCAUAUGCAAAUUGAUCAUAAUAGCAUAAUAUUAUACACUGAGUAAGCUGCACAUUUUUUAAAUAAUAAGAAAAUAGACGAUUGAUUGCUAGGCUUAGAGCCUAAAAUACGAAUUAAAACUUGAAGUGUAAGCAAUUCUAAGUAACUUGGCUGCAGUUAUGUGGCCCAAUUAAAACGGGUUCAGGCAGCGGGAUGAGGGACAUACAGUCCUGAGCACAGAUCUGUGUUUAACCGAUUACCUACAAAGGCAGAACAGUAUUAAAGGACCACUCUAGGCACCCAGACCACUUCAGCUUAAUGAAGUGGUCUGGGUGCCAGAUCCUUCUAGGGUUAACCCAUUUUUUUAUAAACAUAGCAGUUUCAGAGAAACUGCUAUUUUAUGAAUGGGUUAAGCCUUCCCCCUAAACCUCUAGUGGCUGUCUCAUUGACAGCCACUAGAGGCGCUUGUGUGCUUCUCACUGUGAUUUUCACAGUGAGAGCACGCAAGCGUCCAUAGGAAAGCAUUGUAAAUGCUUUCCUAUGCGACGGGCUGAAUGCGAAGCUCUUGCCGCGCGUGCGCAUUCAGCCCAGGAGGAGGAGAAGAGGAGGAGGAGAGCUCUCCGCCCAGCGCUGGAAAAAGGUAAGUUUUAACCCCUUUCCCCUUCCAGAGCCGGGCGGGAGGGGGUCCCUGAGGGUGGGGGCACCCUCAGGGCACUAUAGUGCCAGGAAAACGAGUAUGUUUUCCUGGCACUAUAGUGGUCCUUUAAGAAGCCUAAUGGCCAUAGGCCCUGGUGUAAAAUAUCUGUCCAAACCAGGGAUGUUGGGAGAGACUCACAAAAUGUGGUGGCAACUGCUGCACAGAAGUAACCAGAAGAUCGCCAGGUAGUUAUGAAGCCAUGUCCUCUGAGCUUAGGGUAGCUCCAAUCUCACUGGCAGAAGGAGCAAUGGUCUCCGGGGUCAUGUAUAAAUAAGCACUCUCAUCCUUGUGUGGAUAGGCCUUUUUAUGUACUUAGAAGGAACCUCUGGUGCUGAAUUCACAGGAGGGGUAAGAACCUGUUGUGUGAGGGAGUGCAAUUGGUGAUGGAACUUGGCCCGGAAGUCUGAAAAAACACUUUUCCAAGCUGGUCAGAAUGGGAGAUGGCUGGCAACUGGAGUCAAUUUUGGAAGGGAUGCCGGUCCCAUGGCAUCUUCGGAUAAAUGUACUGGCAGGCGCAACACCAGCAGUAAGUGCCAGGAUAACCCCCUCUGUUGGGGGUGGGGAAAGAGCCUUCCUAUCACCAAGACCUAUCGCGUUCAAGAACUGCCAAACGUCAGAGUUUAUUCAAACUUGCUUAUGCUGGAUCCCACAAGAGUGCAGUUUGUCUACUGUCAAUGAGUGAUCAAUUGUGUGGCAAAUAAGUCGAUUAAAGUGUGUGUGUAUAAUACAUGUUUCUCUCUGAGCUUUCUCAAGAUGCAUCUGAUCAGCUCGGCAGUUAAAACCCGUCCAUAUUUUCAUUUUUUUUUAUUAUUUUUUUUUUUACAUUUAAAAUUUGUUAGAGUUCCUUGAAAAAUAUGCCAUUUCUGGUAUUCCCAAACAUGUCUGGGCAGAUCUAUAAAAUAAUCCUUUGUGAUUCUAAACCAAACCAGAUGCUUUUACCAGCACAGACUAACACUGUUCCUAUAUUUUCCCUGUCUGUUUAAGGCUGCACAAACUAUCCCUGUGGCCACAUCAGCACCUCAGUCCUUCACUCAGCCACCUCCUUCUACUUCCUCGCCUGCUCCCACUGCACCACCACCACCACAAGCCGCUGGCGCCACUGCUGACGCCCUUACUCCAGAGUUCUUUACCAGUGUGGUCCAAGGUGUCCUCUCUACCAUGCUUGGAUCCCUGAGCGCAGCUGAUCAAACAGGAACAGAAAGUAUUGCAGCAUUUAUCCAGCGCCUCAGUGGUCCUCAUAAUAUCUUCCAGCCAGAUGCAGAGGGGCCAGUGGGUAAGGCGCACAUCUUCUCACUCACUUUGGUGUUUCUUCUAUCUCAAUCUAUUUCUUUAUAAUUGUUAUACAGUAUGUCUUUUAUCCUUGAUCUAAACCCUUUAGCUGAAGAUUAUGUGACCUUUUUUUCUGGACAGGUUAAAAUUGGGUCACUCCAACUGUCCUACAAGUCCUUUCUCACUUCUUGCUGUGAGUCAUGGGACUUGUAGUUCAGCAGCUGCCACAGUUUUCUGUCUGUUAAUUUAGGGUUAUUAACGUGUGUCAUUCUUGUUCUUUCUCCCAGGAUUCUUUGGAGAUCUCCUGUCACUGAUCUGUCACCACUUCUCACUGGUAGAUAUGGUGAUGUUAUUACAUGGUCAGUCUGAGCCCUUACAGAGUCUUCAACCUCAGCUCCGCUCCUUCUUUCUCCAGCAAUACCUGCAUCAGGCCGACCCCACCCCACACAAUAUACAGGUAUGUGGGGCCCCCCCAAACCCUGCGCAAUACACAGGUAUGUGGCACCUCCCACCACACGCAAUACACAGGUAUGUGGCACCUCCCACCCCGCACAAUUUACAGGUAUGUGGGGCCCCCAAAGCCCACGCAAUACACUGGUAUGUGGCGCACCUCCCACACCGCGCAAUACACAGGUAUGUGGGGCCCCCCAAAGCCCACGCAGUACACAGGUAUGUGGCACCUCCCACCCAGCGCAAUACACAGGUAUGUGGGGCCCCCUAAAGCCCGCGCAAUACACAGGUAUGUGGCACCUCCAAUCCAGCGCAAUACACAGGUAUGUGGGGCCCCCUAAAGCCCGCGCAAUACACAGGUAUGUGGCACCUCCCACCCCGCGCAAUACACAGGUAUGUGGCACCUCCCACCCCACGCAAUACACAGGUAUGUGGCACCUCCCACCCCGCGCAAUACACAGGUAUGUGGCACCUCCCACCCUGCAGAGUAUAUCCUUGUACAGUGACUGUUUGAAAAUGUAAUGUAUUUACAUAGGAAGAAAAACAACAAAACAUUAACAUAAAUGAUCAUAUGAUGUCGGGCCAUGCAGAAAAUGUUUAAAAGAAAAAUGAUUACACAGAAGAUAAGAUUAUUAUUCUAAUUAAACAUUACUCAGUAAUAGGGAUAUUUCUGCAGCCAUUGACCCCAUAUAUAAAGCUAUGGUAAGUGAAGUAAAAGCUUUUUUUCCAUCAAGCGUUGAUGAUUCACUUGAUCUUGCAUUUUCGAUCCAGUGAAUAUUACCUGCCACUUUCCAUUUUCCAGCAACGACCACGUUCAUAGCUAAAACAAAAUGGAAUGGCCAGAUAUCUAUCCUUCAAUAGUAGGGAGUUCAAAUCUAAAUGUAGUAGCCUUCACAGGAUAUGGAGUCAAGAGCAAUCUGACAUUUGACUAAACCUGUGUUCCAUGUAUUAGCUAUUUUAUUAUAGGCCCACCAUAUGUGUAGAUAAGUUCCUAUGUCAUCCCCACAUCUCCAUCAUAUUGGAGAGUUAGAAUCAUUAUGUUUAGCCAACAUUUUUGAAGUUUAUAUCAAGGCUGCUUGGUACAUUGUAUUCACAACUUUUAGUUCUCAGUUUCUUCUGGAAUUAUGAGUUCUUUCAUUUACAAUAUUCACUGUGUGGAUCCCAUACUGAGAUACUUCUCUCCUCUAUCUCUCUCUUGUGUUUUUCUAACAUGCACUUAUCUUAUCACUUAUGGUGUGCAUGAGACCUGUGUUGGUGCCUUGACCACUUAAAAGACAGUAUUGGUGGUAACACAGUCCUCUGAUUUUGAGAUGAGGUUCCAGGUUCAGAUAUCUAUGUUUGGGAACUGGUAAAAUAGUUGACGAAUUCUGGGAUGAUUUCAUGCUUUCCUAUAAAGUAAAGAUCUUUGAUGGUAUGUGUCCAAAUGCAAUGUUUUGUUGUUUUCAGAUGGCGUCACGAAAUCUUAUUAACGGCUUGGAAGCAUACAUACGGGAGAGCUUUGUAAGUUUCGCUAGAUGACCUUCUUCUCUCCCCUCCCCUCCAUAUCUGUUACUUAUAAUAUUGUGUAUUCCACAGGCCCCUGUUUCUGUCCGGGAUGAUGUAGACAUCACUAGAACAAACCUUGAAUUUUUGCAAGAGCAAUUUGUCCGGAUCACCACACACAUCCUUCAUUGUGCAGGUACAGUACAUCUUGUGUCUCUGGCAGCUGGCAACUCCCUUAUGUCACCUUGAAGGCAGAGACACAGAUUUAGAACUGCUUCUGUCUGGGCAGAAGGGACAGACUCCUAUAAUCUGCUUUUUGCAGGAGGGAAGGGCAAACUUGUAGUUAUUUCUGUCUGUGUCAACCUGCAAGACGAGGGACAAACUCCUAACGCCUUCUCCCUGUAGCUGGGGCAGCCAUUACUCUGCAGGAAAAAAAAAAAUCAGUUUGUGUUCUGGUGACUGACUUCACUUUUCUUUAAUGACUCCUCUUCUUUUCAGACUCCACUUUUGGACAGCGUCUGUUGGAGAUGUGUAACCAGUCACUUUUUGAAUGGCUUGCUCUUAAUUUAUAUUGUCUGCGUGGAGACCAGAACGCUCUAACAUCUGUCAUCAAUGAAAGAAUUGUAAGCAAUAUCCGAUGUUUCAUUUCCCGCACUCCAUCCUUUCCAAUCUCUGUAUUACUCACUGUUCUAUUUCCUUUUCUCUGUGUCACAGAGACGACUUCCUCUGGACCUUUCUCCUGCACUGGUGUCAUGGAUGACAUCUGUUCUAUCUCUCCGACUCCAAGAACUGCUGGGACAAAUGCCAGUAACUGAAGCGGAAGUGCAAAGACAUGUCCGAAGAGUGGGGGAUCCUCCUCAGGUUAGUGGAACAGAUGGGAAGCAAGAACUGAACUAUAAACACGAAACCUGUUUUCUUGUGGACCUGAGGUCCCGUUAUGACCAUCGAUGAUGGUCUGUGGGAUGAAGCUGUCUUAUAGACUUCCAUACAUCUUUAAGACACAUGUUGCCAAGCCUGGCCCAUUAAGGAAGACUUUAGCUUUGUGCUAUUAUCUCUUAAAUCCUGGGCAUUAUGUAGAUUAUUUUUUUUUUUGUGGAAGGAAGAGACAUUGGUGUAAUGUUUCUCCUGUUUUUCUUCCCAAUCUUUUUGUCUCAGGUUUCCGGGUCCUCUUCCCAAGAGCAGCCCAUGGAGACCACACCAGCCGAUUCACAGGUAAAUGGAAGAACUUGUGUCUUCGGGUGUAUUGUAUAUCAUUAGUCCCUGAUAUAUAUUUACACAAUUUCUAGUAUUUUCGAUGUCUUGUCACAUUCCUCUGUUACUGCUCUCGCAUAGAGGAGACACGGGAGAAUGAGAUGCAUGUUUUUGAGCAGAGUACACAUUCCACACCUAUCGCUGUUUCUCAGCUUGUAGCAGCCAGGUCUGCAGAAUAAAUAGAUGCUAAAAAGCACGAACCUGGAAUGUAUUCCAUAUUAUUGGUCAUUCUGGCAUUGGGCAAUGAGGAAGCAAGGCAAAGAUACUUUAAAGUAGGUAGGGAUCCUGAGUGUCUCCAGGCUUCAGAGUAAGAUGGUAUGUUACUAAUGGAAACCAAGAAUCCGGAACAAGUGUAUGUAAAUAACUUCAGGAUACAACACAGCAGUCUGGGCUAUUUAGGAACUGGAUCAGAACAAAACAGACAGGGAAUAAAAAUCAAGCGACCCUAUCCCACAUCUCUCCUCUCGUGUUUUUUUUUUUUUUUGUUUUUUUUAUCUGUCUCCUCUUUCCUCCAAUCACUCCUACUCUUUCUUCCCCAUCUCUCCUACCACUCUGAUAGUUACUCUUAUCUCUGCUCUAUUUUUUCCCACCAGUCUCUUGUCCUCGUCCUGCCCCAUCUCAUCUUUCCUUCCCAUGUAGCCACCCCGUUUACGCACAUCUUUACCGGUUUGAUUCCUCUCUGCCAGCCCCAUCUUUCCUUCCUGUUAUUUCUUGUCACUUCUCCACUUAAUUUUCGUUAUCUUUUUUCCAUUCAUGACUCGUCUUUGCCUCUUUUCUUCAGACUGGUGCUCCCUCUCCAGUGCCUGCCACCACUGUAGAGGAGGUCCUGUUUCUACCUCCUCAAAGUUCAGCACCUAUUCUAUGCCCUGAUUCUGAGCGCACUGCCCAGGAAGAAGCUGGAACUGAGCCAUGGGCAGCAGCUGUACCCCCAGUAAGUGCCACUUUUAUCACAAUGUGUUAAAGGGACUCUUCCGCUGGCAUAACAUUGCUUUCAAAUAGCGGUGCAUUUUGCGACUUCUUCCAGAAGUAUAGAACAGUAUAGUGAACCGUUAUAACUGCCUUUAUCUGUAUUUUGACAAGUUAUUUGCAAUAAAUGAAUUGAUUGGUAUCCCCACAUUUUUGGAUCUAUGUGAAAUGUAUGGCUUUAUGUGCAAUUUAUUUUAAAAAUAAUUGUUGUAUGCAAGCUUGCACAGAGCUUGAAAAUUUAGGUUCCCAGCCCUCCUGCCAGAGAAAGUGUUUACACUCCCCCUUUUUCCCCUCUGCCUCCUGAUGAUCUCAGCCAAUCCAAUGAUUUCCCAUAGGAAAAAAUUGGAAGGCUAUUGCGCAUGUGCGGCACAAUGCUGUGCCAAUUAGCAUCUCCAGAUGCACUGAAUUAAAACAUCUCUAUGGGGAGCAUCUCCUCAUAUAGAAGCAUUGACUCAUUGCAUCUCCAUGGGGAAUGUUUAGCGUCUCCACAAACACGGCAUCUCCUCCUAUAGAAGCAUAGAAUCAAAGCGUCUCCACACUCUCAGCAUCUCCUUAUAUAGAAGCAUUGAAUCAAAGCAUCUCUAUGGGGAACGUUCAGUGUCUCCACACUCUCAGCAUCUCCUUAUAUAGAAGCAUUGAAUUAAAGCAUCUCCAUGGGGAACGUUUAGCGUCUCCUCAUAUAGCAGCAUUGAAUUAAAGCAUCUCCAUGGGGAACAUUUAGCGUCUCCUCAUAUAGCAGCAUUGUAUCAAAGCGUCUCCUCAUAUAGCAGCAUUGAAUCAAAGCAUCUCCAUGGGGAACGUUUAGCGUCUCCUCAUAUAGCAGCAUUGAAUCAAAGCAUCUCCAUGGGGAACGUUUAGCGUCUCCUCAUAUAGCAGCAUUGAAUCAAAGCAUCUCCAUGGGGAACGUUUAGCGUCUCCUCAUAUAGCAGCAUUGAAUGAAAGCAUCUCCAGGGGGAACAUUUAGCGCUCCUCAUAUAGCAGCAUUAAAUUAAAGCAUCACCAUGGGGAACGUUUAGCGUCUCUUCAUAUAGCAGCAUUGUAUCAAAGCGUCUCCUCAUAUAGCAGCAUUGAAUUAAAGCAUCUCCAGGGGGAACGUUUAGCGCUCCUCAUAUAGCAGCAUUAAAUUAAAGCAUCACCAUGGGGAACGUUUAGCGUCUCUUCAUAUAGCAGCAUUGUAUCAAAGCAAAAAACACAAUGAUAGGUCGCGCUAUACAAAAAGUGAAAGGAUAAAUAUAAAUAUAAAUAAAUACAUAAAUAAUAGAAAAAUUAUAUAAAUAUAUAUAUAUACGUUUACUCACAUAUAAAAAAGGCAAACAGAGAAUAAAAGAUAAAAAUGUACAUAAGAGUCCCGAUAUAUGGUAAAAUAUUUGUAAGUUCCAAUGUAUAGUAAAAUUCUUGUAAGUUCCAAUAGAAUAAUGCAGGCUUGAUGAUGAAAUCAAUGGGAAGUUUAGAUCUUCUAUAGCUGGGGGAAUCUUGACUCAAUGUCGAACAUAUAAGUAGAAGAAAAAGAGAACUCCAAUAGUGUAAUUCUGUGAUGGAAUUGAUAAAAUAAGAAGUAAGGGAGGUAUUUCACUCACCUAUCCAAGAGCGUGUACUCGCUCUAGUGUAGUUGGCAUUCAGUGGCGUUGACCCCCCACUGUCGGGAUAUAGGUGUGAAUGAUUCCUCGAUAUGAAAAGAGAGGUAGAAACCAAAUAUAGUGCUCACUGUAUAAUAACAAGUAAGUCAGAGAAGUAAAAGGCGUACUUACAUUUAUCUGAGCAGGGUAUACUGCUCAGUUUAAUGGCGUAGGUGGUACAAUCCCCACUUAGGAUUCUUUGAACGAUGGUCUGCUCCAAAGUAACGUGUAACCAGGUUAAAAAAUAAAUAGAUAAAAAUGAAAUAAAAGGUAUAUGGCAAGUAAAUAGUAAAAAGGCCAAUAUUCCUUUAUUAAUACAGUAAAAAUAUAUAGCAAUAGCCAAAACGCGUUUCGCCACACAGGGCUUUAUCAAUUGGCAAUAAUGGGUGUUAACCUGGUACAUAGAAGUUUAUAUAAACUUAGGGGAUACAUGGUUAUUUGAAUUUUGGCGCCAAAAUGACGUCAUCAUUACAAUGAGAAUAUAAUAAAAAUAUUAAAAAACAUAAAUAUAAUAAGAACAUGGAUAUAUGAUUAAAAGUACAACUCAAAACUUUAUAAAUUUUUCAAAAACGAGUGUUUAUGGUAGUACUGGAAGAUAGAAUAGAUUGUCAUGUGAUCGCGAGCUACCGCGAUCACAUGGUGUAUCCCAAUGCUUGUUGGGAAAUAUAGUUUUCUAUUGAGCGUACAGGGAGACCGGAAAGAGGAAGGAGGGUGAGGAGCACGUGAUCGCGAUCACUCGCGGUCACGUGGUUGGGAAUAGGGUUAAUGAGGAAUGACGCGUGACCCUACGCGGUCACGUGGUGGAGAGGAGGCUUAUGGGGAAUGUAGUAGCAGGACGGAGGUCGGCUACAGAAGGCACGUCUCCGUCCUGUGCCGGCAGGUGUAUGUAUGAGGCACGUGAUCGCCGACGCGAUCACGUGUCUAGGCGCCGAACACCCUGGGAAAUGUAGUGCCUAACGGGGCACAACCCAGAUUAGGAGAAAAUAAAGAAAAAAAAAAACGUGGUGUAAAAACAGAGAAUAUGUAUAAAGAGAAUCUAGAUAUCAGCAGGAAAAGUUGAAGUAUGACUGCAGAAAAAGAAGAAGGGGAAAUAAAAAACUAAAAGAGACUAAUAAAAUGUAUAAACAAUAUAGGAGAAAAUGUAUAUAAAAGUGAAUAAAAAUAAAUAUAAAGGGGGAAAAAAGAAAAGAAGAGAAGAAAAUAGAGAUAUAAAACAAAGAGAUGUAUGGAUAUGCAAAGCAUACUAUGUGGAAAAGAAAUAAAAUGGAAAGAAUGGAAAAUAAGAGAUUUAAAUGAAUAGAAGAUGUGUUAAUACAUAGAAGGAGGGUGAAUAAAGGGCUAAUUGGAAGGAAAUACAUAAGUAGUCGGACAUGUAAAUCAAAAAGGAAAAGUAGAAAUAUUAAAAUGACUGAAGUAUUGAAAAGUAUUUAAUGGUGAAAGAAAAUAAUAAAAAUAGUUGUUAUAAAAAGUUAAAAAGGUCGAAUUCGGCGUUAAGUCCUUCUGGAGCAAGAGUUUUCAAUUGGAAAACCCAGUACAUUUCCCUCAUAUAGUAGCAUUGUAUCAAAGCAUCUCCAUGGGGAACGUUUAGCGUCUCCUCAUAUAGCAGCAUUGAAUUAAAGCAUCUCCAUGGGGAACGUUUAGCGCUCCUCAUAUAGCGGCAUUGAAUUAAAGCAUCUCCAUGAGGAACGUUUAGCGUCUCCUCAUAUAGCAGCAUUGAAUUAAAGCAUCUCCAUGGGGAACGUUUAGCAUCUCCUCAUAUAGCAGCAUUGAAUCAAAGCAUCUCCAUGGGGAACGUUUAGCGCUCCUCAUAUAGCAGCAUUGAAUCAUUGCAUCUCCAUGGGGAACGUUUAGCGCUCCUCAUAUAGCAGCAUUGAAUUAAAGCAUCUCCAUGGGGAACGUUUAACGCUCCUCAUAUAGCAGCAUUGAAUCAUUGCAUCUCCACGGGGAACGUUUAGCGCUCCUCAUAUAGCAGCAUUGAAUUAAAGCAUCUCCAUGGGGAAUGUUUAGCGCUCCUCAUAUAGCAGCAUUGAAUCACUGCAUCUCCAUGGGGAACGUUUAGCGCUCCUCAUAUAGCAGCAUUGAAUCACUGCAUCUCCAUGGGGAACGUUUAGCGCUCCUCAUAUAGCAGCAUUGAAUCAUUGCAUCUCCAUGGGGAACGUUUAGCGCUCCUCAUAUAGCAGCAUUGAAUCAAAGCAUCUCCAUGGGAAGCAUUUAGAACGCCAGUGCAGGAAGCACUUAUAGUUGGCGUCUGAGUGACUUCCACAAGAGGUGGUGUUCGUUGCAGUGUUACAUGUAAAAGCCUGGAUUGUCAUGCUAUAGAUACCAGAACCACUACAUUAAGUUGUAGUUGUUCUGGUAAACUAAGCUGGACAGUUUAAAGAAUGAAUUAAUGAAGAGUGCCUGAGGAGUAUAGUUUUAAUAUACAAAUGCGUCCCACCUACAAUGAAAGACCACUCGGCUAAAUCCAAGCUUACAUGGUAACUCAACAAUCCAAAAUAAAAUAACUUCUUUAUCUGCCAAUCAUUACAUUUAGCGUAACAGUAACAUCUAAGAAAGUAACACCCGCACCCCACCCCAAAAAAACCCAAAACCCGCAAGAACAUUGAAAGUAAUGCAUUUGCUAUUAGUGUGGCACAAUGUCAUGUUUGUUUUCCUGUUUUGUGUGUAGUUUAGGUCAUGCCUUUUUUUAUGUAAUUACGGAUUCCUCUGUACAAAUCGCACACGCCCAAACAUAUUGUGACACUGUCUGUCCGCAGGAAUGGGUUCCAGUCAUCAGACAGGACUUACAGACUCAAAGGAAGCUGAAGCAGCAGCCGCCAUUAAGCGAUGCCUACCUUAGUGGGAUGCCUGCAAAACGUCGCAAAGUACUGUAUUUCCUUUGUGUACCAUAUGCUACCAUGGCAGACUGCGUUCUGGUGUUUAGGGUUGAUUUAUGGUUGUGUGACUAGUUAAUCCUAAUUUCCUACUAGUGUACAAGUGUAUGAAUGAAUGCCUGGUAUUUUAUUUUGUCGUCUUGUGUUUUUAUUGUAUGAAUGCCUGGUAUUUUAUUCUGUCGCCUUUGGGUUUUUAGUGGAUCAAUGUCUGGUAUUUUAUUCUGUCGCCUUGUGUUUUUUAGUGUAUGAAUGCCUGGUAUUUUAUUCUACCGCCUUGUGUUUUUUAGUGUAUGAAUGCCUGGUAUUUUAACUCCUUGUGGUUUUAGUGUAUGAAUGCCUGGUAUUUUAUUCUACCGCCUUGUGUUUUUUAGUGUAUGAAUGCCUGGUAUUUUAUUCUACCACCUAGUGUUUUUUAGUGUAUGAAUGCCUGGUAUUUUAUUCUACCACCUAGUGUUUUUUAGUGUAUGAAUGCCUGGUAUUUUAUUCUACCGCCUUGUGGUUUUAGUGUAUGAAUGCCUGGUAUUUUAUUCUACCGCCUUGUGGUUUUUAGUGUAUGAAUGCCUGGUAUUUUAUUCUACCUCCUUGUGGUUUUAAUGUAUGAAUGCCUGGUAUUUUAUUCUACCGCCUUGUGUUUUUUAGUGUAUGAAUGUCUGGAAUUGAGUCCUGCUUUCUUGUUUUCUAAUAGACUUGUGUAUGGAUGCCUGGUAUUGAAUCCUGCAUUGUGUUUUCUAGUAUACAAUUGUAGGUAUGCCUAUUAAUGAAUCCUGCUGUCUAGAUUAAUCUCAUGCCUCCUAUCUGUAUCUCAGACAAUGCAAGGUGAGGGUCCCCAUCUCUCCCUCUCUGAGGCAGUGACUCGAGCAAUGAGAUCUACAGGAGCCAAGCCAGAAAGCAGCAAUGAGAGUCUGCGGAGAGAGCUGGAUAACAGUGAGGUGCAGGGAAGGUACAGAGAGCAGGUAAGGAAGGACAAGUAACAAAAAAGUUUCCCAUCUUCCCCAAAAAAAAAACACAAAAAAAUCCCCUCUCUAAUUGUUUGCCUAAAAGAAUCCUAUUUCUGUUCAGUCUCCUACAUUAUGGGUAUAUAAUGUGGUUUCAUCUCUAAUGUCGUGUUAUUUAAACAGUCUCUGAUUUGUGCAGGUAUUGUUCAGACACCCAGAGUCCGUGACAUACAUGUAAUUAAUCAUUACACCCACCCAUAGCUCCAACUUUCUACAGCUUCCUUCAGAACUUACUGAUUGCUUAUGGUUGUCUUACAAAAUUGCACUCUAGAAAAUAGUUGUUGUUUUUUUUCCUCCAUCAAAUAGAGAAAAUACUUAUUAAUUUGUUUGUUUUUUAUUACCCACAAUGGAAUAUUAAAGGGAUACGAUACGUGCCAGGAAUACAAAGCUGAAACUGCAAUAUUUAACAUUGCAGCACUAAUUGCAAUAGGGACUCUGCACACAGAACACUUUAAUAAAAGUAGUCUGGGUGCCUAUAGUGUCCCUUUAACUAACUGAAUACAUAGAAAGGAAUGAAACUCUGAGAUGCCCAGUUUAUUGAAGUGGUCUGGGUGCCUAUAGUGUCCCUUUAACUAACUGAAUACAUAGAAAGGAAUGAAACCCUGAGAUGCCAACUGACCACGCUGUUGCUGUGCUAAUGUUGUCAUUCUUUGAAUAUCUUAAUGCACAAAAGGACUGUGCUACAGAUUUAUCUAAACAGUAUGUGUGCCUUAUCUGCUGAAUGGAGGUGUUCGACUUAAUUCAAGACUUGCCUAAUCCACUGUUUGUUUCUUUCUAGCUCUGCCAGGAUAUUCAGAAAAUAAUCCAAGAUAAUGAGUCCUACAACCCCCAGCGAUUCCCCAACACACAGAAGGCAUUUAAGGAAGACCCCUAAACGACGUGUACCCUUAAAUCUGUCCAUCAUAAUGUCCAGCGUACUCUAUAUAUGUUCCCUGUCUGAUUCCCCUUUCCACGUGUAACCCUAUUCUAUUGAAUGGACAUUGCUUUCCUGGUGUAAUCUAAGGCGUAUCUUUCGUCCCAUUAAACCUGUACAUUUCCCCUACAUUACCUUUUGUCAUUAUGAACUCUACUAUGCUCUGAAAGUUUUGAGUUGUUUGACAUCUCUGGACCUCCAAUGGGACAAGAGUAUAUUUAAAAAGAAAAUGCUCCUCCAAAUUGACACCCCAAAACCGUGCUGUGUGCUUUAUUCCUUGCCCCGAGCCUACACCAAAACUUGUCCAUUUUACCAUGAGCAAGUUAAAUUUUUCACAUGGACUUUUUGCCUUUCUACCCUUGACUCCUAUUUCUUCGUUCAUGGAUAGACUGAAGAUAACUGGGUGGAUCCUUUUGUGCAAAGCAAUGCACAGUUCCUUAGUUUGUUAAAUUUCGGAGUCCCUAAUAAAGGUCUUUAAAGAAACCUUAAUCCUUUAUAUAAUUUGUGGUUUUAUAAGCUCCAUUUCACUGGAUCGGUGGUUCUUGUUCAUAUUAUAUAUUUACUAAAGUAAAAAAUAAAUCCAAAACUAUGAUAAACACAGAUACACACCAUUCUUCGGUCCCAGAAGGGAUGUUUUAUCUUUACUCUGGACACCAACACAACUUGCAUUUCAUAGAUUUUCAACUUGAAUUCAUCGUGUUUUUCUCUAUGUUCAAAUCUUUUGGUAGGGGAAAAAAAUAAAAGUUUUGCAGAUUUCUGUGGCAUAACUUCACCCAUUUUUCACAAAACAUUUUAGCUCCGCCAAUAAAAGAUCAGAGUGAGUUGUUAACCCGAUUCUGCCCCACAGUCAAUCUGUGUCCAGUUCUUAGCUGUAUAGUAUAUAAAUUCAUGUUAAAAUGAAAGGGGUGAAUUUUGUGUUACUUAGUGCCACAGUCAUUUUGCAGCAUUUGCGAGUGCAACACAUUUUUAUUCUGGAAAAAAAAAAUCGAAGGGUAAGGGGGUACCAAAGUAGAAAAUCUCCUGAAUGGGAGUUAACCCCUAGUGCAAGAAUAUUUGCACCAACAACUAAACAGGAAGAGACAAAAAAAACAGGAGAAAAGGAAUUAUCGUAGAGUGUCCUGAAGAGUGUAAGUCCUUUAAAAGGGAGGGGGACAGUGAGUGGUACAAGUAGUGUGUACCACUUUAAAUAUAAAACUUAACUUUUAAUACUAAAAAAGUAAAACCACAAGAGCACAUUAAGAACACUAAUUAGUAUAACUUGUCCUAGCUCGUCUCCGUUAAUACGGAGAUAGUGUAAUUGCAGGGAUUAUUUCAAUUCAAUAAGUGAACCCGCUGCAGGUGAAGCGGUACAAUAAUUUGCCUGGCUGCACAAUAUUACAGUCUCGGGUACAAAGUAGUAUAUAAC